AUGGGACUCAAAAAGUCAAAACACUCCAACUCGGAACUACAAAACGUGCUCCCACCCAGUCAAUCUCCAAAUCACAUCAAUAUUCCAAUUGCUGUCAAUACUGAUGAUUGUACAUUCAUGUUUAUUGGCAACCACACAUUUUUAAUUCCUACAGUCAAGUUGAAUGAUGUGAUGAGAAAAAUGGAAUACAGAGAUGAUUGGAUUCCGAUACAAUUCAUGAUUGGAGGAAAAGAUGCAUCACAAAAUGUAAUGGCAUUUGGACAUUCUGACAGUUUAGUCAUUAUUGUAACGGCUGAUUUUAAAAUUUAUUGUGCUGGUAAAUCAAGUGAACUCAAUUCUGUCUUUAUGAAUACGACAUGGAGAGAUUUUAAAAUCAUUCAUAACACAUUGGAUGAUUUUGUGGAUGAAAUUUAUUGCAUCAAAGAGAGUGCAUUGUUUGUGACAAAAACUGAACGAUCUGUUUUUGCAUUUAGUAACUCAAAAUUUGCUAAAUUAGGACUUGGAGACGAAAUGACCACUGUGGAUCCAGUGAAAUUGAAAGUUGCUCAUCAAAUUACAAAAGGACUAGUUGAAGAGAUGGAAUUUCCAAAAAUUAAAUCCAUUUCAUUCAGUGAGAAUAUUACUGCAUUUCUCACAGAAGAAGGCAAAGUUCUGGUUUGUGGAAAUGGUAAAGAAUUAAGGUUACCAAUUAAGGAUGAAUCUGAACAACCUUAUAGAAGAUUGGAUACUCCCACUCUCAUUAAAAGUUUAUUGAAAAACAAAGUAAUUACUCAAGUUGCAUGUGGUGAUCAUCACAUGUUGUUUUUAACCAAUAAUGGUGAGCUGUACGUUUGUGGAGAAGGUACAAAAGGUCAAUUAGGAAAUGGAAAACAAGAAAAUGUAGAAGGUGCUGUGAAACGAGUGAAAUUUGGACUCAAUGUGAAAUUUAUUGCAGCUCAACGCGAUUUUUCAGUCAUUGUCACAGAGAAUGAUCAAGUUUGGAGAUUUGGGGAUUUGGAAUGGCAAGUGAAGAGCAAACCUUUUAUUUAUCCAUUACCUCAAUUAUUGACAGAAUAUAACGAUUUAGGAAAUCCUCCAGUUAAGAAAAUUAUGGCCAUUCACUCUGCUACUAUCAUUCAAACUGUGAGUGAUCAGAUUUAUAUUGUAGGUCCAUUAGAUUACAAAUUGGGAUACGAAGGCUUUAGAAGAAUUGAAAUUCCCAAACCAAGCUUAAAUACCAAUGUAAAAUUGCAUUUGGCAAUUAAUUCCAUGGUUUGUGAAUUUUUAGAAGAGGAGCAAUGA